AUGUCAGAUUCCGAUUCUGACGGUCCUCCCGAGGAAUACACCCAAGAGCAGGCGAAGCUUGAAGAUGCAGCUUUGAGGAAAAUACAGAGAGAGAGUAUAGCUCGAGCUGCCCGCGAAAAGAAAGAGAGGCGCAAGCGUUUGGCAGAGAAAUUAACGCCACGGAAAUCACGGAAGGUUGAAACAUUCGAAGAUGUAGAAGAACAAGAACCCGAAGAACAAGAACAACCCGAGGAGGAAGACUCUGAGUCUCUUGCAAAGAAGGGAUUCCUUUCCCAAAACAUCAUCGACUUUCUUGCAAAGGGACAAAAAAAAAAAUUCGCUUCGGAUUCUGAAGAAGAGGAGGUCAAAGAAGAAAUCCCAAGAAAGAAAAAAGAAAAAAGCUCAGGGAUUGAAACGGUUAUUUACAGGGAGAUUCCACCACCGGCAUGCACAGAAGGCGCGUCAGAUUUCUUGAAGAAGAGGAAAGCGCAAGUCCCUAGAUCGUCCUCAGUCCUCAAGAAGUCCGGUCAAGCUGUCACCGGUGCUGCUUUAGCCAACAAGCGGCUACAGAGAAAAUGA